UAUUCGGGGCAGGCGAACAGGCAAGCAAGUAAGCAAGGCAGGCAAGCACGCAGGCAACGAGAAAGCACAGGGUACCGCGAACGAAUCGCGCGUCCUCGCCGUUCAGUCGGGUAGGCGCGUUUCUGUGGCGUCGGUCUUUCGAGGGUAGCGUUUGCUUCGUCCUCGGUUCUAAAGCGAAUAGUCCUUUUUAAGUGCAGUGUGUAACGGGUGUUUUAUUUAUCGUGUUAAGCAAAAAAAUUUGAAGAAGAAAAAGAGAAAAGAAAAUCAUGAGAACCAUGUGCACUGGUGAUGGUGUACUUUAACAAUCGGUCGGUACAAGGAUUGAUACAAGAAAAGAAAUUCAGGUGAAGCUGCGAUAUAAUAAUAUAAGGAAAAAGAAGCAACAACGUGGUUGCUUCGGUUAGAACAUCCAACCGGGAAGAAAAGAAUAAGAAGGGCAAGAAAAGAAACAUGUCGCGAAAACUUACUAGCAACCACAUUAUACGGACCUGGGCGAGGCCUCGGUAUUUUUUGCUGUCGUUUCUGCUUCUUUGUGGAACUCUCGCGAACGCGACCAGAUUGAGGCAUUCGAGACACCUGGAUUUGAGAUCUCAGUUCUCCAACGACGAAGAAUUUGCGAUGCAGCAGGAUGAAAAUCACAAUCACAAGCCUGUGUUCUCGAAUUGUUCGAAUUACGCGCCAGUUGUGAAGGAGGAGGAACCGGUGGGCACAGUUGUGAUCCAAGUACACGCCAAGGACAGGGACAAUCCGGACAACGGAGGUACCAUCACUUACAGUUUCGUGACCGCGCCUGGCGAGAAGUUGAAAUUCGAGAUCAACAAUAGAACCGGACUGAUCAGGACGACGCAGGUGUUGGACAGGGAUGAACCGGCUCGUGAAAAAGAGGCCUACCUGACCGUUCUCGCGACCGACAAUGGAAGACCGCAGCUCGACGACGUGUGCACGUUCAAAGUCACCAUCGAGGACGUGAACGACAAUUCCCCCGUUUUUGACAAAGUGGUCUUUCGUGGAUACGUAUGGAAGGCGUACACCGAAUCAGUGCCGCAAGACUUGCCCCUUAGCCGAGAGGUUAUGAGGGUAUCCGCAACGGACAUCGACGACGGGAACAACUCCGUCGUGUAUUACAGCCUGUCGCCCAAGAAGCCCGAGGACGGCGUUUACUUUCGAAUAGAUCGCAACACGGGCGUGAUAUUUCUCAACAAAACCAUCGACAAAGUGCCGGAUUACAAGUUCAGCAUGACAGCGACGGCCCAGGACCAGGGAGAGAAUCCAAAGUCGAACGUGAUCGAUCUGGACAUACGUGUGGUCGAGUCCCACAAGAAAGCGCCUGUGUUCCUGCCGAGACCCGCCGAGCCGAUUCGUUUGCAGGAAAAUUUCAGCGACUUCGAUGCGAGCAUCGUGCAAUUAAAGGCUGUGUUGAACAGCGGCGAUAAACUUCUGUUCGAGCUGGUUCCAGGCACGACGGAGCAAACCAAUAAAGGGAAUACCUUCAGAUUGGAAUCGAACAAGGACGUAGCCGAUAUAAAGCUGUCCCAGCACCUCGACUACGAGAGCAACACGCAGUACACGCUGAUCGUGCGUGUGCAGAAUAAGUAUCAGUUGGCAGCUGAGACUACGGUCGUUAUAGAGGUGUUGGACGUGAACGACAAUAUACCGGUGUUUCGUGAGAUGAAGAAGGGGAGCGUGCUCGAGAACGAGCCACCGGGUGUUCCUGUGAUGCAAGUGCGCGCCAUAGACGCAGACGGGACCUCGGCUCACAAUCAGGUUACCUACGAGCUGGACAACUUCAGAGAUCUUUUCGCCAUCGACAAGUACACCGGCAACAUCACCACGUUGACCACGUUUGACAGAGAAGACGAGGAUACGUACAACGUGAAGGUGAUCGCGGUGGACAAUUCACCGAGCGCCCUUUUCAAGACGGGAGAGCACAACAAGGGCCAGCAAGUGUUCAGGAUCGAGAUCGCGGAUAAAAACGACAAUGCACCUCACUUCACGCAAGCCGUGUACACCGCAAACUCGAUCCUCGAGAAUGCAAACAUAAACGAGGCUGUAACGGAGGUGAAAGCCCUCGAUUCAGACACCGCAAGCCCAGUUACGUACAGUAUCAUAUUCGGUAACACCGACGAUAGUUUCUACAUCGAGGACACGACCGGUAAGAUUCGCGUGAAGAAACCUUUGGAUUACGAGAAGAUCACGGAAUACAACUUGACGGUUAGAGCGUUCGACGGUUUGUACAACGACACUGCUCAGGUAAAGAUUUUCAUAGAGAACGUGAACGAUAAUCCGCCAGUUUUCGAAGACUUUAACAAGAAUCCCACUAUAGAGGAGGAAAAACUGGUUGAAGGUUGCAUCACCACCGUGGUCGCUUACGAUCCCGAUAUCACGAACAGGAACGCUGAUCAGCAUAUUGCUUACGCCAUUGUAAAAGAGGAUCAGCAACCUUUGAUCGGUAUCGAUAAAUCUGGUUGCAUAACGUUGAAGAAACCUCUCGAUCGGGAUCCGCCCUUGGGAUACCCUAUGUGGACGGUGAUCGUAAUGGCUCGGGACGAGGAUGGAUCUCCGACCGCGUUACGAGAACUGGUAAUGGUGAAUAUCACGUUGAUCGAUAUAAACGACAACGCGCCGUUCCUAGAUAUGCCGUAUCCGGUCGUUUGGGACGAGAACAAGCCACCAGGGAAGAUAACGGAGCUGAAAGCUCGGGAUUGGGACUCGGAAGAGAACGGUCCACCUUUUCACUUCCAAAUAGACAAGAAUACCGCGGACGACGAGAUUCAGGCGAAAUUCGCUAUUCGAGAUGCCGACUUGUUCGCACGGGUCGAGUUCAAUCGGGAAGAACGGAAGAGCUACGAUAUCCCGAUCGCCAUCACGGAUAGCGGUACACCACCGAUGACGGGAACGUCGACUUUGACCGUGAUAAUAGGGGACGAGAAUGAUAACCCGAUGUCGGAAGGGUCGAGCUCGAUAUUCGUUUACAAUUACAAGGGCGAAGCGCCGAAAACGGAGAUCGGCCGGGUGUACGUGAACGAUCCGGACGACUGGGAUUUGCCCGAUAAACAUUUCGCCUGGGCCUCGACGCACGAAGGAUUUUUGUUGAAUCAGGACACCGGCAUGAUCACCCUUCUACCGGGCAUCUCGAACGACACGUUCGUUCUCAAGUUCAUAGUGACCGAGCACAGUACGUAUAUCCCGAGGCAUCAAGUGAACGCAUACGUGAACGUAACUGUGAAAGAAUUGCCGGAAGAAGCGGUGGAGAGAUCGGGCUCGGUCCGUUUCUUUGGAAUGACAGCGCACGAUUUCGUCGCGCCCGAUGAAGAAACCGGUGUCAGCAGGAAGGAAAUAUUUCAAGAAAGAAUCGCCGACAUGCUUAACACCUCGGUGGAGAACGUGGAUGUGUUCACGGUGCUUCACUCGCCGCAUCACAACAACGAGAGCUUGUUAGACGUUCGUUUCUCGGCGCACGGAAGUCCCUAUUACGCCCCCGAGAAAUUGAACACGAUUCUGGCCCAGCAUGCGAAGGAGAUCGAGCGAGAGUUAAAGACCGAUAUUCUUCUCGUGAACAUCGACGAGUGCCUGUUCGAGAAACAGUAUUGCAACAAUAGUUGUCGUAGCUAUCUGAAUGCCAGCACGGUUCCGUAUCCGGUUUAUACGAAUACGAGUACGUUCGUUGGCGUACGAGCCAUCGUAGAUCCCCAGUGCACUUGCCACGUGUACGAACCAAUAGUUUGCCUGAAUGGAGGCACACCGUUGGCUGACCGAUGCGAGUGUCCUCCUGGUCUCGAAGGACCAAGAUGCGAGCUUCUCGGCAUUGGAUUUCACGGGGAUGGCUGGGCAGUAAUGCCACCGCCUGGUCAAGCUUGCGACGACUCUCACCUGGGUCUAGAGAUAACGCCUCACAUGGACAACGGUCUUGUGUUUUAUUUUGGCCCUAUGACGUAUAGCCCGAAGAUGAAAAUUCAAGACUUCAUGGCUUUGGAACUGCAACAAGGAUAUGCUGUUCUUUACAUGGAUUAUGGAACUGGCACUGUGCGACUCGAUCAACGGCAUAUCAAACUCACCGAUGGCAAAAGCCACAAGAUAGAUAUUUAUUUCACGAAGAAUGCGAUUGAGAUGAAGGUAGACAAUUGCGGAAUUUCAGCUUGCAUUAGUUUAACCCCACCGCAAGGACCAAACGAGCUGUUGAAUGUAAAUAGUCCAAUGCAAAUCGGUGGAACUUUGACUAAUCUUGCACAACUAGCCUCGCAAUUAGGAUGGGAUUUCAAACCUACUAAUAAAGGAUUCGUUGGAUGUAUACGCAACAUGACUUUCAAUGGAAAUACAUAUAACUUAGGAAUGCCAUCACUAUCUAGAAAUGCGGAUCCUGGUUGCGAUCACGGAAUGGCAAAGGCAGUUUCCUUUGGAAUCGAUACCAAUUUUCUUGUCGCAAUUUUAGUUUGCAUCGCGAUUUUGUUAAUAUUGUUGUUAGCAGUAGUAGUACACAGACGAAAAACUGAUGAUCUUUACAAGGAUAUGGACGACAUAAGAGAGAAUAUAAUCAAUUAUGAGGACGAAGGUGGCGGUGAGGUAGAUACAGGUUACGACUUAAACGUUCUUCGAACGAUUUACGAUGCUCCGCCUAUCGAUUCAAAAAUACCACCUGUUGGCAUGAAAACGAGAGGGUCUGAUGAAGUACCAGACAUUUGCGGUUUUCUAGACGGCAAGAAAGAAAGCUGUGACAAGGAUCCCGAUACAAAUCCAUUCGACGAUGUCAGGCAUUAUGCUUAUGAAGGCGAAGGCAAUUCAGAGGGUUCCUUGUCGUCUUUGGCUUCUUGUACUGACGAUGGAGAUCUCAAGUUCAAUUAUUUAUCGAAUUUUGGACCGAGAUUCCGAAAAUUAGCUGACAUGUAUGGAGAAGAGCCUAGCGAUGAGGAGAGUGACGGUGUCGGAGAACGAGAAAGCGAGAGCUGGUGUUGAGACUUCAAUCGAACAUUAACUCGAACCGUUCAUAUCAAUUGAUUCAGCUAGUUUCAGCUCUCUGACGAAGCUGUAUCACUUCGUCAUUUCGUGUACUUAAUUCGGAUUCGAGAAUACCUGAUGUUCUCUGCUCCCGAUACAAGGACACAGUGCUGAUUCGUGACAACGAUGGUCGUAUAUUAUUUAAACAUGAUCGAGCCAUCGUAUCUUCUUCCUUUAUUUUUUUUUUUUAUUUGUUAAAUUUUUUUUCUCUUUUAUUGGAGCAAAUCGCUCUCGACUUUAUACAUAACAUAGUAGAAAACAAAAUUUGCUCGGUGUUUUGAAGACUUAUUGUACGAUAACUUGCAACACUGUGAGAGAUAACGAAUAUGAUUUUAGAAUACGCACCGAGUUGCAACGAGAGCUUAAGAAAUUAGGAAACAAAGAUGAUAAUAUUCUUUCUUGUUGACACGAGAAGAAAGAAAGAAAAAAAUAAUGGCAAUGAAAAUCAACGCAUCAGUGAGGAUGACUAUCGCGAAUAUUUAUUCGCGUUGCAUCGUGCGACGAUGGACACGCGCAAUUUGUUCAUUGCAACUGUUAUUCCGUGCGUGCAUUCCACUAGUAACGAAUGAAUUUUCAGUGUAAAACAAUCGCGAAGAUCUCUUUUUUCAGAGAACGAAAAUGCAUUAGAGCUCGUAAUUUCUUCAAGCAAUCAUUCGAGUUACGAGGUCUGGACUUAUUUUUUUAUACAUAUGUAAUAGGAACGAAUAAAUAUAUAUAUAUAUAUAUAUAUAUAUAUAUAUAUGUAUGUAUGAUGUGCGCGCGUAUAUAUGUAUGUGUGUAUGUAUGUAUGUAUGUAUGAGUGCAUAUUUGCCUAUGUUCAUGAGAAUAUUGUGAACAGAAGUACGUAAAGUAUCGACGAAAAAUGAAACGGAUGAAAUUGUAACGAUACUUGAAAGAAAAAACGAAGGACGAGAAAAAGACGAAACAAAGAUAGCGAGAGUGAUGUCGCUCUUCUGCUAUAUGUAUAUUUAACUUAUAGACUAUUUUAUUAACCGGUUAAUUAACGUGCGCGCGAGUGCGAUGAGAAAUCGUGUAUGCGAAACUUUAUAUGCGAAUACACGUAUAAAUAAAUAUCGAAUAUAUGCUGUGUGCGUGUACAUAAGCCAACUUAAUUGGUAUAGAAUGACGUGUGCGUGCGAUAUAUGUUCUAAAACAUGAUGAAUGUUCGAGACGUAAAAUCGAAAAAAUCAGCGAGAAGAGAGCCGAGUGCCAUAUCGUGCAUCCAAUGACCAAGAUUUAUCCACCGAAUAAUCGUACUCGAAUACAUAUGGUCGCAACGUUACCGGCGGCAAACGGUUCACAAAGCAAAAUUGUUUGUCAUUCUCUUCUUUUCGAUUGUUGACAAGUGCGUAUUUGAUUGUCACAUCUCUCGUCAUUUAUUUCGUUUCAUUCGCGAAAACAACUUUCAUGCGUGCGCGCGCUUACGAAUAUUUCUAUGUAUAUAUAUAUAUAUAUGAAAAUAUAUAUAUAUAUAUGUGUGUAUAUAUAUAUAUGUAUAUAUAUAUAUCCGUGUACCUAUGUAGGCGUUCGCGCACGUACGUACACGUAUAUAUGUGAUAAUAAUUUGUAAGCUUUUUUUACGAUAAAUCAACCGCGAUAUGUAUAUGUAUAAUAAUAAUGAUAAUAGUAACAACAACAAUAAUUAAAAAAGAUACACAAAUCGUAUCGAUAGUGGAACUGGAAUAGGUGUGCAUGUGUCUUGGAUUUGCGCUUCCCGAGUCGGUCUCAGUGCAACCUUGAAAAAUUUUACGUGUAAUUUAUACGAUAAGGUAGAAUGCAGCUUAUAUAAAAAGUGUGUGAUCUCAAGGAUCCGUAAGGAUAAGUUCUUACGUAUCGUAUUAUGAAUGGAUGCUACUUAGAGGAUUUUUUGCCAUCGAACAAUUAUAAUUAUAAUUCGGAAAGAAAAAUUUUGUCGGAAUAUUAAAAUAUGCAUCGAUGAACACGGACUGUGUUAAACAGGAAAGACGGGCGCGGUUUUUUUUAACGAUACACUCCAUCUCAGUACAAAGAACGCCUCCGUCGACGAGCGGUAAAUAAGAAAUGCGACUUAUCGACGCAUAAUGUUAUCGAAUUAAGUGGCGAAAUUUAGUUCGAUUUCAUAUGAAACUUAUUUAUCGUAUAUCGGCUAUACUAAGAGCGGAUUAAUUCGCGAUAUAUAUUACGUUAUUAUACUCGAACACUGCCCUUAUGUACAAUUAAAGAAAAAAAGAGGGAAAAGAAAAGCAAAAAUACGAUUUUGUUCCGCAACCGACACAAGGAUUACGAAUAGAUAUUUUAGCCAGAGGUAAACGUAUAUACAGGCUUAUUGUAAAUUAUAAGUAAGAUUCGCGAGACCAAAACGGUUAUUCGCGCGACCUAUUUGAUAUUGUGAUAGUUGAUCGCAAGAUAUACACGCAGCACAUCUUCUUUACUCGCGAAAUCCAUCUAUCGUCGUCGGAGAUACAUGUAACCUCGUGUUCUUCUUUCUUUUGUAGCAAUAAUAAAAGACGAUGACAUUGAAA